AUGGGAGGGCAGGCCACGCCCACCGACCAAUGGGUGGGCAGAGCGCCCACGCCCCCCUACCCCCACCAGGGAGCAGCAGAGAGGCAGGAGCGCAGAGCGAGGAAAAGCCCCGCCCCCCAAGAGCGCAGAGCGAGAACAGGCCCCGCCCCCCCUGGGGGCACAGAGCGGGGGAAAGCCCCGCCCAUAGGGAGCGCAGAGCGGGAAAAUUGCCUUCCCCCGGGAGCACAGAGAGGGGAAAGCCCCGCCCCCGGGGAGCGCAGAGGGGGAAUAGGCCCCGCCCCCGAGGAGCGCAGAGCGAGGAGAAGCCCCGCCCCCCCGGGAGCGCAGAGCGAGGAAGGGCUCCUCCCACAGGGAGCGCAGAGCGGGAGGGGGGAAGCCCCACCCCCCGGGAGAGCGCAGAGCGAGGAGAGGCCCCGCCCCCCGGGGGAGCGCAGAGGAGCGCAGAGCGGGAAAAGCUCCUUCCCCCGGGAGCGCAGAGCGAGGAAAAGCCCCGCCCCCCAAGAGCGCAGAGCGAGAAGAGGCCCCGCCCCCCGGGGAGCGCAGAGCGAGGAAAAGCGCCUUCCCCGGGAGCGCAGAGGGAGGAAAAGCCCCGCCCCCGAGGAGCGCAAAGCGGGGGGGGGGGAAGCUCCUUCCCCCGGGAGCGCAGAGCGAGGAAAAGCCCCGCCUCUCGGGAGCGCACAGGGGGAGAGGCCCCGCCCCCAGGGAGCGCAAAGCGGGGGAAAAACUCCUUCCCGGGGAGCGCAGAGCGAGGAAAAGUCCCGCCCCCGGGGAGCACAAAUUGGGGAAAAUCCCCUCCCCCCCCGGGGAGCGGAAAGCGGGGAAAAGCUCCUUCCCGGGGAGCUUAGAGCGAGGAGAGGCUCCGCCCCCAGGGAGCGCAGAGCGAAGAAAAUCCCGCCCAUAGGGAGCGCAGAGCGAGGAAAAGCCCCGCCCCCGGGGAGCGCAGAGCGGGGGGGGGGGAAAAGCUCCUUCCUUCCGGAGCGCAGCGCGGGAAAAAGCCCCGCCCCUCGGGAGCGCAGAGCGGGAAAAAGCCCCGCCCUUCGGGAGCGCAGAGCGAGGAGCGGCCCCGCCCCCGAGGAGCGCAGAGCGAGGGGCCCCGUCCCCGGGGAGCGCAGAGCGGGAAAUGCUCCUUCCCCCGAGGAGCGCAGAGCGAGGAAAAGCCCCGCCCCCCGGGGAGCGCAGAGCGAGGAAAAGCCCCGCCCCCCGGGAGCGCAGAGCGGGGAAAAGCCCCGCCCCCCGGGAGCGCAGAGCGUGGGGGAAAGCCCCGCCCCCCGGGAGCGCAGAGCGGGGGGGAAAAGCCCCGCCCCCGAAGAGCGCAGAGCGGGAAAAUCUCCUUCCCCAGGAGCGCAGAGCGAGGAAAAGCCCCGCCCCCGAAGAGCGCAGAGCAGGAGGAAAAAGCCCCUUCCCCGGGGAGCGCAGAGCGGGGAAAAAGCUCCUUCCCCCGGGAGCGCAGAGCGAGGAAAGCUCCGCCCCCCGGGAGCGCAGAGGGGGGAGAGGCCCCGCCCCCGGGAGCGCAGAGCAAGGAAAAUCUCCUCCCACGGGGAGCGUAGAGCAAAGAAAAUCCCGCCCAUAGGGAGCGCAGAGCGAGGAAAAGCCCCGCCCCCGGGGAGCUCAGAGCGAGAGACCCCGCCCUCCGGGAGCGCAGAACGAGGGAGCGCAGAACGAGAGGCCCCGCCCCCGAGGAGCGCAGGGGGGGAGAGGCCCCGCCCCCCGGGAGCGCAGAGCGAGGGAAACCUCCUCCCACAGGGAGCGCAGAGCGAAGAAAAUCCCGCCCAUAGGGAGCGCAGAGCGAGGAGAAGCCCCGCCCACAGGGAGCGCAGAGCGAAGAAAAGUCCCGCCCAUAGGGAGCGCAAAGCGGGGAAAGCCCCGCCCCCGGGGAGCGGAGCGCAGAGCGAAGAAAAUCCCGCCCAUAGGGAGCGCAGAGCGGGAAAAGCCCCGCCCCCGGGGAGCGCAGAGCGGGGGGGAAAAAGCUCCUUCCCGGGGAGCGCAGAGCGAGGAGAGGCCCCGCCCCCGAGGAGCGCAGAGCGAGGAAAAUCUCCUCCCACAGAGAGCGCAGAGCGAAGAAAAUCCCGCCCACAGGGAGCGCAGAGCGGGGGAAAAAGCCCCGCCCCUCGGGAGCGCAGAGCGAGGAGCGGCCCCGCCCCCGAGGAGCGCAGAGCGGGAAUAGGCCCCGCCCCCGGGGAGCGCAGAGCGGGAAAUGCUCCUUCCCCCCGAGGAGCGCAGAGAGACGAAAAGCCCCGCCCCCCGGGGAGCACAGACCGAGGAAAGUCUCCUCCCACAGGGAGUGCAGAGCAGGAAAAGCUCCUUCCCCCGGGAGCGCAGAGCGAGGAAAAGCUCCUCCCUCAGGUAGCGCAGAGCGAGGGAAAGCCCCGCCCCCCCAAGAGCGCAGAGCGAGAAGAGGCCCCGCCCCCCGGGGAGUGCAGAGCGAGGAAAAGCCCCGCCCCCAAGGAGCGCAGAGCGGGGGGGGGGGGGGGGGAGCUCCUUCCCUGGGAGCGCAGAGCGAGAGACCCCCGCCCCCGAGGAGUGCAGAGGGGGGAGAGGCCCCGCCCCCCGGGAGCGCAGAGCGAGGAAAAGCUCCUCCCACAGGGAGCGCAGAGCGAGGAAAAUCCCACCCAUAGGGAGCGCAGAGCGAGGAGAAAGCCCCGCCCCCCGGGGUGCGCAGAGCGAGGAAAAGCCCCGCCCCCCGGGGAGCGCAGAGCGAGGAAAAGGCCCCGCCCCUCGGGAGCUCAGAGCGGGGGGGAGGCCCCGCCCCCGGGAGCGCAGAGCGGGGAAAAGGAGCGCAGAGCGAGGAAAAGUCCCGCCCCCGGGGAGCGCAGGGCAGGGGGGGGAAAAGCUCCUUCCCCGGGGAGCGCAAAGCGAGGAGAGGCCCCGCCCCCGAAGAGCGCAGAGCGAGGAAAAGCCCCGCCCCCCGGGGAGCGCAGAGCGAGGAAAAGCCCCGCCCCCCGGGAGCGCAGAACCGGGGGAAGCCCCGCCGUCCGGGAGAGCGCAGAGCGGGGAAAGGCCCCGCCCCCGAGAAGCGCAGAGCGGGGAAAGGCCCCGCCCCCGAGAAGCGCAGAGCGGGAAAAACUACUUCUCCGGGAGCGCAGAGCGAGGAAAAGCCCCGCCCCCCGGGAGAGCGCAGAGCGGGAAAAGCCCCGCCCCCCGGGGAGCGCAGAGAGAGGGGGGAAGCCCGCCCCCCAGGGAGCGCAGAGCGGGGAAAAGCCCCCGCCCCGGGGACCGUAG